UUUCUGUGCUGUUUUCAAAGGGUACGUGCAGCCGCCCAAACGUCACAACUCCACAAGACAACGACGUCGAUUGCGGCAAAACUUCAAGUGGGAAGGGCUGCGUCAUGUGCGCGUGUCUGAACCAGAGGCGUAGGCGGCCACAGCAGACGUUCCAAGUUUGACCCUCAUUAUAUGUGCAGCUGUACUACAAAUGACAACACAAGCGCCUACAUCUGACACAGAGUUGCUUUUUAAUUAUAUCGACAAAAAUCAGGAUAUGUUUGUGCAGACUCUGAAGGAAUGGGUGGCAAUAGAAAGCGACUCAAGCAGUUCUGCCCUGUUUGGGAAAGUAAUGCAGAUGGUGAACGUGACAGCAGAAAAGAUCCGAUCACUGGGAGGUGAUGUGGAGCUGGCUGACAUUGGAAGUCAACAGAUGCCAGAUGGGGAGAUAGUCCAGCUACCUCCGGUCAUCUUAGCUGAGCUUCCAAAAGACUCAAAUAAGCCUACUUUAUGCAUUUAUGGCCAUGUGGAUGUGCAGCCAGCUAAGAAGGAGGAUGGCUGGCUUACAGAGCCUUAUGUCUUAACAGAAAUCAAUGGUAACCUGUAUGGACGAGGAGCCACAGACAAUAAGGGACCUGUUUUAGCCUGGCUACAUGCCGUGGAAGCCUACCAAGCCUUAAAGCAGGACCUUCCUGUGAACAUUAAGUUUAUCAUUGAGGGAUUGGAGGAGAUCGGCUCAUAUGGUCUGGAUGCACUGACUAAACAGCGGAACGAUACCUUUUUCGCAGAUGUGGACUACAUAGUCAUUUCAGACAACAUCUGGAUCAGCAACAAACCAGGCCUGACAUAUGGGACUCGAGGCGACUGCUAUUUUUAUGUGAAGGUAUCAGGUGGCAAACAAGCUCUCCACUCUGGGGCACAUGGUGGCAGUCUAUUUGAGCCAAUGGCUGACCUGAUAGCUUUACUGGACAGCCUAGUGGAUGCUAAAGGUCAGAUUUUGGUCCCAGGGAUUUACGAUGAUGUUGCGCCACUAACUGAAGAGGAGAGGAAGUUGUAUGAAAACAUUCAGUUUGAUCUCGAAGAAUAUAAAAAUAACAUAGGAGUGACACGUUUGAUCUAUGAUAAAAAGGAAGAUGUUCUUAUGCACUACUGGCGUUACCCAUCUUUGUCAAUCCAUGGAAUUCAGGGGGCUUAUGCUGACCCCGGAUCAAAAACAGUUAUUCCUAACAAAGUCAUUGGGAAAUUUUCUAUGCGUCAAGUUCCAAACAUGGACCCUGUAGUUGUGGAGAAGCAGGUUACAGAAUAUCUUCAUGAGAUUUUUGCAAAAAGAAAUAGCAGCAACACCCUUAAAAUCUUGAUGCCUAUUGCAGCAAAGCCAUGGGUGGCAAAUGUCAAUGAUCCCCAAUAUGUGGCGGCCAGGAGAGCAAUAAAGACAGUAUUUGGUGUAGAGCCUGACAUGAUCAGAGAGGGAUCCACCAUUCCGAUUGCUUGGAAUUUCCAAGAUGUUACAAAGAAAAGUGUCAUGAUGCUGCCAAUCUGUGGGGCAGAUGAUGGGGAGCAUUCGGAAAAAGAGAAAAUCAGCAGGUCCAACUACAUUGAAGGAACAAAGCUGUUUGCAGCCUUCUUUUAUGAACUUGCUCAGCUUCGCUGAAAGCUUGGUAACCCUUCAAACAUACACAUGGGCAAUUAUUGUUAUUAAUAUGCAUUUUGUAAUCUGAUUUAAAAACUUAAAAAUUUGUCUUAUUCAAAGUUGUACAGAAAAUAAAACCAAAGUUUUCAUUUAUA